AUGCUGAGCUCCUUUCUGAGCCCCCAGAAUGGCACCUGGGCAGACACCUUUUCUCCGCUCUUGGCUCUUGCCGUUGCCCUCUACUUGGGCUACUACUGGGCAUGUGUCCUUCACAGGCCUCGGCUGGUGGCUGGGCCGCAGUUUCUGGCCUUCCUGGAGCAACACUGUUCCAUCACCACGGAGACUUUCUACCCAACGCUAUGGUGUUUUGAGGGGCGACUACAAAGCAUCUUCCAAGUCUUCCUGCAGUCUCAGCCCCUAGUCUUUUAUCAGAGUGACAUCCUCCAAACACCAGAUGGAGGCCAGCUCCUGCUAGACUGGGCCAAGCAGCCUGACAGCAGCCAAGACCCUGAUCCUACCACCCAGCCCAUCGUGCUGCUGCUUCCUGGCAUCACCGGCAGUAGCCAGGAGACAUACAUCUUGCACCUAGUUAACCAAGCUCUGAGGGAUGGCUACCAGGCUGUCGUGUUUAACAACCAGGGCUGCCGUGGGGAGGAACUGCGGACCCACAGGGCUUUUUGUGCCAGCAAUACUGAAGAUCUACAGACAGUCAUGAACCACAUAAAGCACCGCUAUCCCCGAGCUCCACUGCUAGCCGUGGGCAUCUCUUUUGGAGGGAUACUGGUGCUGAAUCACCUGGCACAGGCCGGGCAGGCUGCAGGGCUGGCGGCAGCACUGACUCUGUCUGCAUGCUGGGAUUCCUUUGAGACCACCCGCUCUCUGGAAACCCCACUCAACUCACUGCUCUUCAAUCAGCCCCUCACAGCUGGGCUCUGCCAACUUGUGGAACGAAACAGAAAGGUGAUUGAAAAGGUGGUGGACAUAGACUUUGUGCUACAGGGCCACACAAUCCGCCAGUUUGAUGAGCGCUACACAUCUGUGGCCUUUGGAUAUCAAGACUGUGUUACCUACUACAAAACAGCAAGCCCUAGAACCAAGGUAGAUGCCAUCCAGAUCCCUGUGCUCUGUCUCAAUGCAGCAGAUGACCCCUUCUCCCCCGUCGGUGCCCUUCCCAUACAGGCCGCCCAACAGUCCCCCUACGUUGUACUGCUCAUCACAGCCCGGGGUGGCCACAUCAGCUUCCUGGAAGGGCUGCUCCCAUGGCAGCACUGCUACAUGAGCCGCCUCUUGCAUCAGUAUGCCAGAGCCAUCUUCCAGCACCCAGAGGGGCUGCCUGACCUCUGGGCUCUCUCACCUUCUGAGGACAGAAAUAGCUGACAAGAGUACCACUGGGGGGUCUCAGGUCACUCUUUCCUUGUUUAUUAAAUAUCAACUUUUCCUGCCUA